AUGCCCCGUGCCCCCGCCCGUGCUUCCCCUGCCACCGCACCACCACUCCACAAGCCACCGCUGCCUCGCUGGACACCGUCGCUGCUGGCCUCCUCCCGUGUCCGCGCGACUACGCAUGCCGCCGGCCUCCGCCGGCCUCUGCGCGCCUCCUCCGCCCUCCGCCCGGCCGCCCGCCUCCGCACGCCUCCGACAGCCUCCGCCCGGCCGGCCGCCUCCGCUGGCCUCCUCCCUGCUCCGCACGCCACCGACGUCCGCCUCAUGCAGCCAUCCAAGAUGGAGGCCUCUCGGCAUCGUCCCUGCCCCGAGCACUCGCUUCUGGACCAUCUCUCCUCUCCGGACCCCUCGCUGGACUUUGCUUCUCCGCCCCUCGCCGGACUCCGCCGCGGCCGCUCCUCUUCGUUCCCCGCUGCGGCCUCCCCUCGCACGACCCAACUGCGGCCAAGCCUCCCCGACCUCCUCCUUUCCGCCCCUCACCGGACUCCGCCGCAGCCGCUCCUCUCCGUUCCCCUCCGCGGCCUCCCCUCACACGACCCCACCGCGGCCGGGCCUCCCGAACCUCCUCCCAGCCCCUCGCCGGACUACGCCGCGACCGUCACUCACCGGACCCACCGCAGCCAUCCCUCGCUGGAUCCCGCCGCGCCUGAGCCGCACCUCGCCGGACCCCGCCGCACCUAA